UCUUGAUUUUACUAUAAACAAUAACAUCAGCAUCUCUAAUCAUUUAGUUGUAAAUUUAGUUUGUCUGGUAUAAACUAAUGGUAAUAUAAUUGAUGCUCUGUAAGCUACACGCAUCUCUAAUGAUGAAAGUUAAUUUGAAGGUGUUAGUUACCUUCAUUUUUGCCAUCACCUCCAGCGUAAAUUGCCAUGGACAUUACGGUGGUGCCGGUGGUGGAUACCCAGGGGGCGGAAGUUACCAACAGGGAGGUGGUUUCGAUGCCACCAUCGUAGGACCCAGUGAUCCCGGUGCAACUCUUCAAGGACCCGGAUCCCAAACCAACAUUAUUGGACCCGACGGAGGUCACAUUUCAGCCAAGGAGAUCGGUGGAUCUAUUAUAGCGCCACCUAAACAGGGAGGAAUUAUACAACACUCUGUAUCACCUGGAUACGUAUCCGGAGGUGGUGGUGGUGGUGCAGGUGGUGGUUACGGAGGGGGGUAUCCUUCUGGGGGGUACCAAGGCGGAUAUCCAAGUGGUGGAUCAGCAGUCAUAAUUAAUCCACCAAGGAGUAUACAUAGAGUUUCUAAAGGUUCAGACACCCAUAAUGGAGGUUCCCAUUGUGCAUCAGGGAACUGUGGUGGAAAUAACGCCCAAAAUAAUAGACAACAAGGUGUUACUGACACACAAACCGAUUCACAAACUGGUUCUGGUUGUAAUGGAGAUUGUGGUGGUACAUAUCCUCAAAAUAGUGGCUCUCAAGGUGGUUCAGGAUGUAGCGGAGGCGGAGGGUGCAACGGGGGUAGUAGUGGUGUUGGAAUUUAUCCACCAGUUAGUCAACAUGGUGGUUCGGGAGGAUAUGGUGGUUAUCAAGGCGGUUCAGGUUGUGGUGGUGGAUGCGGUGGUGCAUCUGGCCAGGUUUACCCAGGUGGUAGAGGUAGCGGCUUCGAAGGCCAAGUCCAACCAGGAGGUCGCGGCAGCGGGGCCGAAGGUCAAUGGCAGCCCGAUUAUCGCGAAAAACAAUUCGACGAUGGCCUUUACAAAGGCGAAGGUGCCUACCAAGGAGGUUACUCCGGAGGAUACUCGGGAGGGGGAGGUGCUUAUGCUGGAGCAGGUGCUGGUGCGGGUGCUUAUUCCGGAGGUGGAGGUUAUGGGAAAGGAAACUGUUGUAAUGGGAAAUAAAAGAAAUAGGAUUAAUAUACUCGCUUCGAUAAGUGCUAUAUUAACAAUAAUUUAUUAUAGUUAAAUGGAUGUACAAAUAUUAUUUCAUUUCGAAUAAAAAUCAUAUCACAAUUUUUGCUACAAUAUAAUGUGUUCAUAUGCAACUAGAUUUUUUUUUGUAAUUGGUUAUGAUCAUCCUUUAUUUAAUAACAAAAAGUUAAAUAAAAAUAUACAAAUUA